AACUGUCAUUUUCUUACUUGCCCUCUGACAUUAAUCACCUUCUCUGGAGCUACAGUUGCUCUGUACUCAGAUUCAUCCCUGGCUGGCAAUGAAAAAUGAGCCUCUCCCCCACCCUUGCUGCCGCGUUUCACCUCACGCCCCCAGAGAAGAGUUUCUUCGUGUGGCAGCCGGUGAAGGUUUUUUUCCACGUCACAUGAUCCAGGAUGCAGGGGGAGAAUCCUUCUUGGAACAGAGAUGGGCCCAGAAGUGAAUCAGAUGAGGACAGAUAAAGUGUGCUGUGGGAAGACUAUAUAAGAAUGGACCCAGGGCUGCAGCAAGCACUCACCCGAGUGGCCCCUUCUCAAGACACAGCCAUGCAUGUACCAGCAGGCUCCGUCACCAGCCACUUGGGAACCACGAGCCGUGGCUAUUUCUACUUCACCACCACCGCGCUGGCUCUGUGUCUCGUCUUUGCUGUGGCAACCAUUAUGAUGUUGGUAGUUCAGAAGACGGACUCCAUUCCCAACCCACCGGGAAAAUUCCCCCUUAAAGGAGGAAAUUGCUCAGAGGACAUCUCAUGUAUACUGGAAAAGGCUCCGUUCAAGAAGUCAUGGGCCUACCUGCAAGUGUCAAAGCAUAUAAACAAAUCCAAGUUGUCUUGGAACAAAGAUGGCAUUGUCCAUGGAGUCAGAUAUCAGGAUGGGAAUCUGGUAAUCCAGUUCCCAGGUUGGUAUGUCAUCAUUUGCCAACUGCAAUUUCUCGUGAAAUGCCCAGAACAUUCUGUUGACCUGAAGUUGGAGCUUCUCAUCAACAAAGACGUCAAAAAGCAGACACUGGUGACAGUGUGUGAGUCUGGAGCACAAACCAAAAACAUAUACCAAAAUCUCUCUCAAUUCUUGCUGGAGCACCUCCAGGUCAACACCACCAUAUCAGUCAAGGUGGAUAAAUUCCAGUAUGUGGAUACAAACACCUUUCCUCUUGAGAAUGUGUUGUCUAUCUUCUUAUAUAGUAGUUCAGACUGAACCAUUUCUUCUGGUCUUCAGGAAGAAAGCCACUCUCUACCAUACAGUACUUCAUCCAUCCAAACACUUGGGCAAAAAGAAAACUCUAGACCAAGACUAAAACCAUAAAGUAUACUAAAUAAUAUGCUUCUCCUUCUGUCUCUUGGGAAGAUACAGCUCCAGGGUUUAAAAAAACAAAAAACAAAAAAACAGUUUUGAGUGAAGUAUCUUUCAAAUUGAAGGCAGGGAAGCAAGACAGUAUGGUGGGAAAAGCCCCACAUGGGUAUCAGAAGGGAUGAAUUUAUGCCCUGGCCCAACCACUAACUCACUCACUGUAUGAUCUGGAGCUAUUCCUUUCCCCUCCCUGGAACUCUGGAUCCAUGUCUGAAAAAUGAAGGGGCUGGAUUUGAAUCUUUCCAAAAUCUCUUCCAUCUCAAAAGACCA